AUGGUCAAGCGCAAGCGCAACGAUUCCUCCAAGGAGGAGAAACCUGUCGAAAGCCCCACCAAAACCGUCAAAUCAGCCCCGACCCCGUCGCAAGCUCCCGAUGCAGCUCUUACCAUUCAAGUAGUCACUGGCUCUUACGAACGCGUGCUGCACGGAUUCACGGCCGGGUUCGCCGCCUCCGCCUUGAACACCAAAGAUGAAGCUUCGAAUGAGUCCGAUCCUUCGAUCCAAUGCGUCGACACCUUCUUAUUCGAGGCUCAUGGCUCCGCAAUCCGCUGCCUCGCCCUCUCCCCGCUCCCCAAGGCCACCGACUCGGCGGACGCUAAGAAGGUCUUCCUGGCCUCCGGAUCGACAGACGAGAGAAUCCAGCUGUAUUCUCUUGCCGCUGCACCCCCGGCCGUGAGCGAUGAAUAUCCUUCUGUGCCGACACUGGCCGGGAACAAGAUCCUCGAGAACCCCAAGAACCGUGAGCUCGGAUCACUGUUACACCACUCUGCCAGCAUUACUGCCCUGAGCUUCCCCUCGCGCAGCAAGCUGCUCGCUGCUGCUGAGGACAACGAGAUUUCCAUUUCCAAAACUCGUGACUGGUCCGUCGUCUCGACCAUCAAGGCCCCACACCCCAAGGUCCAAGGCCGCCCCAGUGGUGACACGGCGCCGCCAGAUGCUGCUCCAUCUGGUGUGAACCACUUUGCGGUCCACCCCAGUAUGAAGUUGAUGCUGAGUGUAGGCAAGGGUGAGAAGUGUAUGCGGCUCUGGAAUUUGGUUACGGGUAAAAAGGCCGGUGUGUUGAACUUUGGACGAGAGAUUCUCCAGAGUGUCAAGGAGGGCAAGUGGAGUAGUGGAGAGGGCCGUCGCCUGGCAUGGAAUGCCGCUGGUGAGGAGUUCGCCGUUGCUUUUGAAUGGGGUGCAGUAGUCUUCGGAGUUGACUCGACUCCCAAGUGCAGACUCCUCCCCAAUCCUCGAAGCAAGAUUCAUCAGAUGAAAUAUGUAUCUUUUGCUAGGGAUGGCGAUGAGAAGAAAGAUCUUCUUGCCGUCUCUACGGAGGAUGGUCGUGUUAUUUUCUAUUCCACUACGGUUCUGCAAGAUGCAGAAGACGGUGAUGACUCUACCAUUCCUCAUGCUACCCCGGUUGCUCAGGUCGGUGGCAAGCAAGCUGGCCUGCCUGGACGUAUCAAGGAUUUCGAGGUCUUGAGCUUAGAGGAACAAGCAACUGAGAUCCACAAUGACUUCCUCUUGGUGACUGGAAACAGCGAUGGAGUGGUUCGUGUCUGGAAGGUUAACAGCAAGGCCCUGGCGCCUGCAAAGAAGCCCAAGAGCUCGAAGGAGCCCAAGGAGACGAUCCGCCAAACAGGCAAGCUCUUGACAACAUACGAGACUGGAAAUCGCAUCACAUGUCUGGCAGCCUUCAUUAUGCUGCCGGCCGAGGAUCCUUCAACUCUCUUUGACUCGGCGGACGAGGAGUCUGGAGAAGAAGAGGAACAGUCCGAGAGUGAUGAGGAUGACGAGUGA